ACCUUCAAACGGCCUGCGCAAAACCCCUCUCCACUUUCUCUCCAAUUCAACGGCAAUGGCAAAUCGACGUUGUAUUCAAACCCUAAUUAGCCGUUGUUUUUGCAUAUCUCAUUCUCCAAACCCAUCUCCCCAUCCCAUUCUCAAAACCCUAACUAUAGCCCCUCAUUUUCUCCUACAAACUGAAUAUUCCACCGUGCAAUCCCUAACCCCGACGGAUCCCGGCAAAAUUUGUUCUGCGUUUCCGUCAUUUUCGCGGCAUCUCUGCUCCGAUAAUCGGACUAGUAUGGGCAGCAUUGAUAAUGAUGGAGACGAAGAAGAAGAAGAAGAAGAAGAUGAUGAUGAUGAAAGUGAGGAUGAAGAGAGAGUACAUUUGAGUGGGAAAUCAGAUGAACAAAAAGCUGAAGAGGCCGUGGAAAUUGGGUAUAAAGUUAUUGGCCUGCUUGAGGAGUCUGACCGGGUUUUUAAACCCUAUGAGCCGGUUUUUGCAGUUGUUCAGGUUGGUUCACAUCAGUUUAAGGUGAGCAAUGGAGAUAGCAUAUUUGUAGAGAAGUUGAAGUAUUGUGAUGUGAAUGACAAGUUAAUCUUAAACCGGGUUCUCAUGCUGGGGUCUACGGCCCAGACAAUUAUUGGUCGUCCAGUGUUGCCUGAUGCAGCUGUUCAUGCUGUUGUUGAGGAGCAUGCAUUAGAUGCAAAAGUCAUCAUAUUCAAGAAAAAGAGGAGGAAGAACUAUAGAAGAACCAAAGGGCAUCGGCAGGAACUAACAAAGUUGAGGAUAACUGAUAUACAAGGAAUUGCGAAGCCUGAACCUAUACCAUCUAUGAAGACUGAAAAGAGAGCUACCAAGAAGGUGGAAAAGACAGCAGUUUCUGCUUAGAGAGGAGGGAGUUGCAGCAUAGCACGGGCAGCAUGGAGUCCUUGUUCUUUUUCACCUUCCUCUUUUUGUUGUUGCCCUAGCCUUUUACCUGUUCCCUCCAAGGAAUUCGCAUUCCUUGGAUUCCUAAACCAUCCACCCUAAAGUCGAAUUUCUUUUUGGGUAGUGUACAUCUUGGCAGUGAUGAAUACCAUUUUUGUAGGCUUGAUAUGUUAGCUGACAGGUAUUUGUAUCAAUAAUAAUCAAAUAUGCAUUUUAUCUCAUUGAUGAUAAAUAUUUGGACCA